AUGUCAACCCACCCAGAAAGGAACAGCAUAGGCUAUGCAUUGCUACCAAACAAAACCCAAGCAUUCAUCCAACCCUCACUCAUCCUGCAGGCAAAGGAACACAACAUUGAACUCAUCCCCAUUGAUCCUUCAAAGCCCCUGAUCGAACAAGGACCCUUUGAUUGCAUCAUCCACAAACUUUACUGCCCAGAUUGGGAGUCCCAGCUCCAACACUUCUCCUCUCAAAAUCCUAAGGUCCCUAUCAUUGAUUCGCUUGAUUCCGUUCAGAGACUCCACAAUCGGGUUUCGAUGAUCCAAGUUGUUAGGUUUCCACUGAUUGCCAAACCGUUAAUGGCUAAUGGGAGUGACACCUGGCAUAAAAUGUAUUUAGUUUUUGAUGAGGAAGGAUUAGACAAGUUAGAGACACCGAUUAUUUUGCAAGAAUUCGUUAAUCAUGGAGGAGUUAUUUUUAAAGCCUAUGUGGCGGGUGAUUAUGUGAAAUGUGUCAAGAGAAAAUCGUUGCCAGAUUUAAACGAGGACAACUCUGUGACUUUGAAGGGUUUGCUACCGUUUUUGCAAAUAUCAAGUGCGAGUGUGGAGGAGAAUAGUGACUUUGAGUGUGUGGAAAUGCCGGCAGUGGAUUUUGUUGAGGAAGUAGCCAAGGCCAUGAAGGAGGAAACAGGGAUUAAUUUGUUCAAUUUUGAUCUGAUUAGGGAUGCUAGAGAUGCAAAUAGGUAUCUUGUUAUUGAUAUAAAUUAUUUUCCUGGGUAUGAGAAGAUUCCAAAUUUUGAGUCUCUGUUCAUGGGUUUUUUAUUAGAAAUCGUGGGAAAGAACAAAAGUGGAGACGAUAGAGAGAAUGGGAAGCAAGAUCAGCACGGCAAGGAGGGAUGA